AUGGCGGGGUUCCUCGGCCAAAUAACCUUUCUGUUGAUGUCUCUCAGUGCCGUGUCUUCCACCGAGCCAGCCACUUCGUCGAAUAACGUUGAGAAGCUAAAAACGAUUCUGUUGUGGAUCCAUGUUGUGGUUCAAGUUUUUGGAAUUGUCGGCCAUGUUUUAUCGGUCGUGGUAUUGGCAGAGCGCACUCUGAGAUCGUCGACGUCUCUCUAUCUGACGAUGAUGUCGUUGUUUAAUUGUCUGUUCCUUGUUACAAGCUUAUAUAAUGACGUUGACGACGUGGUGACGUCAGAUUCGACCAUUUCAGAGUCUGUAAUUGUCACUAUCCGCGUCACGAUGGGAGCCUGUUCCGUAUAUACUACAGUGGCCGUCACCGUAGAGAGAUACGUUGCCGUGGCCUAUCCACUAAAGGCGCAUGCGCUGUGCACAGUUUCCGUCAAAAUCAGAAUGCUGUUACCGGAACCGGAAUACACGGCCAUGAUGGUGACGUAUGGAUCGGCGUCACACUAG